AUGGCUGCGAUAAGCCCAGACUCAAAGCAUCUGUCCGCAAUGCCGGAUAUCGUGGUCCCGUCUACGCCGCCACCUCAACCUAUCCAUACCUCCAAUAGUGCAGAAAUGACACCGCCUCCCUCAACACAACCACUGAGAACAAACCCUGCGACCACACAAUCCAAGUCUGCACAAAGAACUCUCUUUCCACAAUCCCCCCCAACCACAAUCAAAACAGGAACCGACCAACCCCUACCAACACCAGAUGACAUUACCAAAGCUGAACAUAACGAGCUUCGAAAGAUGGCGCAGGAGCUCUCUCACGCGGUUGCAGAGGCUCGCAUGUUAGCUGCACACUACAAGCUUCAAUACAAUUUUCUCACAAUCGAAUCUCAGGAAUCAGCACAGCGUGCGGAUAUCGAGCAUCAAAUGACUCGUCGUGAGGUCGAGGUCCUGCAAAGUGCUCAGCACAAUCGCAGUGUGCACUCUGCCGCUCUGCACAAUAUCAUGCAGCCCUUAGCACAGUCACAAAUUGAUGCCUUAUCGAGAACCUGCAAAGAUCUGGAGGAAGAGAGGGAUGAGCUGGACCAUAGACUUAGGAAUGCGAAGGCAGUCAUCGAGCAGCUCAUGGACAGAGCUGAAUUGGUGGAUGAGGAGAACCUGAUGCUGAAAAAGAGAAUUCGAGAAAAUCGUGAGCAUUUCAACGAGAUGAGACGAAGUCCGGCUUUUCAUAACCUUGCGCUUACGCCACGCAACGACUUUGCAACACCUCAACGAAAACCAGUACCCCAAUUCGCCGAAUCUGCUCGUCCACAUGAUAGCAGUCGCAACCAAGAUCCUUUUGCUGCUUUACUUGCAGCCGACCAAAUGUUGAAUAGCGAGGCUGCGAGCCUACCCGCAACGCCUACAAAGGACCACUCAACAGGGUUUCGUCAGGGCCAUAAUCGCGGGGCGUUCUCUCUGUCUUCGCUGCAAACAACGCCAGUGCAAUCGCGCGCGGUCACGGCUGGCGAGAUGGAUAACAGAAAUAAAGGUUGUGCAAUCCAGCGACUACCUAAUUCUGCUCCUAGCACACAACUAGCAGGACUGCAGGAGAGCAGGGACCACCGUGAUAGAGACAGCACAAUUUCUGUUUCGGACGAAGAGGCUUUGACAGAUGAAGAUUUACCUCAAUCCCAGGCAAGUUCUUUGGCCGCGAGCAUGCUUCGUCGAAACCCUGGAAGCCAAGACAGCCCUAGAAUCCCUGAGAAAGCAGAGAAGUCUAGCAAAGCUCUGCAAACCAAGAUUUUUGGACAGGUAAAGAAGGCAGGAAUCGAGCGGAAAAGACACGCUAGCUUUGGCCAAGCUGAUGGCAUGAAGAAAACAAAACUUGCUGAAGGAGUUGGUCUGGGCAUUGGGACAUGGGGCACCAAAUCAAUACUUGAUCAUUUGCUGCAAUCUCUAAAGUCCUCUGAUAGCCAUCUGUUCACCAUGGCCAUCAAGCACAACCAGCAGAUCCCAAACAAUCACUUCCACAAAGACUGGCAGCGUCGCGUUCGAGUCCACUUUGACCAGGUACAAUCCAAGGUAUUAGCUUCGCAACAAGGCCCACCUAACGCACUAUUCCACAGCCUGGCCGCAAACAACGACGAAGACAAGCGCGUCUUGCCAAAGCCUCAGCUGUCGCUCCUCGUCCUGUCGACAAACUUCGACCAGUUGUUCGAUGAAGCUGGAAUCCCUCGCAAACUCGCUCGAACCAUCGGCAUCUCCGUCGAUCCACGCCGUCAAAACCUCUCAACAGAAUCUCUUUCGACAAACGUCGAACGCCUUAAGGCUUACAAGGCACGACUCAUCCUCUUCCCUCGCAAGAGCGGGCAACAUAAGAAGCUGGAUUCUAGCAAAGAAGAUUUGGAGGGAGCGAAGGAUGCUGUGAGACACGUGGGUGCUGUUCUGCCGAUCGACAGUGGCGUGGGUGUCAAACAUGGUGUCUCGGAAGUCAAGAGGAGUGACAUGCCCCAAGGCACUGAAGAUGGUGCGUACAGAACUUUACGGCUAAAGAGAAGCGAGGCUCGAUUAGUGGGUGUGCGGGAGAAGCGGGCGAAGCAGAAGGCAGAGGAAGCUGAAGCGAAGAAAGGGAAAUAG